CUGCCUUCAAGCCCCACGGCUGCAGCCUGUUUGAAGGGAAGCUGCGUCUCUUUAAACGUGCGCGCUUGGCAUGGCCAGGCGUUUUUUGUUGGUUUUCUUUUUAAUUGCCAUAAGCUCCUGGAUCGUGUUACAGCGGAUCCUCGGGGCUGGGCUGGUCGCAGGGCAGCUUGUCAUGGAUCAGAAGCGCUGAGCGGCGCAGCGCGAAUGGGAACCAGUUUGCGGCAGAGGCUGAGCGCUCGCUAAACUUGAGCGGGCGGGUUUAUCUGCAGGAGAACUUGUCUGAAAGGCGAACAUGCCCACGGUGCAAGCAGCCCCGAGGCAGCCACUUCAGACUUGACAGACAGCUGAAGUUGUUGGCUAAGCAAAUUUUAAUGCCAAAUGUGCCUAUGGCUAAGGCAGGGAGGGGGGGAUCGAGCUGUUCUGCCAAAUACCCACAGUUUUUUAUGUUGACAAGUAACUUGAAGCUUGGCAGCCGUCGCAUUUUCAGGAUUCAAGUGUAAAUUUUGCAACUUCUGAAGCCAUAAUCCCCUGCUACUGGAAAAAAGAAUCCAAGUUUCUCAGCCUUUAACAAGAGGACCAAGUGCCUUUAUACCAGAGAAUGAAUGGCAGUCUGGAAAGACCCAGCUCAAAUCCAGUGGGGGCCUGGCUGCUUCUACCUGCUCUCUGGCCACAGCAUGGGCAAAGCCCACCCUCGGCCACCAGAACACUGAUGAAGCCCCCUAGCUCUGCAGGCUAGAUCUGAUUCAACCCCAGAAGUGGGUGACGGGGAAUGCAUUGAAUUACAAUUGCAAAUCAGGUAUUUGACGUAUUUCAUUCAGAUGCUCUGUGAUACAGAUUGUUAUGAUGAAAGUUGAAAAAUAAAGGCAGGUAGGGGAAAAAGGUGCGAGACAAACAUGAACAAGAAGAUGUCUGCUAAGAUUUUUGAAAGGGGAGUAAACAGCAUGCUAACAAAAUUCACAGAUGAUACUAAUGUUGGAAGAAGUACAGAUACCUGUAAGGACAAGAAAGUAGUAUAAAUGGAAUUAUACAGGCAAGAAAUAUAGUUCAAGAAGUCCACCUGGAAAAUACAAGCUAAUAUAUUUGGUCAAAUUACCAAAAUAUUUAAUGUGGAGAUAAAUGAGGGAAACAGUAAUGCUGAAAGAGUUAGUGUUAAUUCUUUCGCUGUAUAUGGAAGGGGCAGCAGCAUAUGACCUAUUCCUUUCUCAACAGAACCAGUCUAGUCGCACCUGAAAUACUCUUCUCAGUUCUGAGUGCUUCGUGGCUGCUUGCAGACAUUCAAAAAACAAAAGAAAAAUCCAUGCUUUACCAAAAGAAAUGGUGCAUUACUUCAACCCAGCUCUGCAGCAUUUGUAUAGAUCGGGUGCUUCAGUAGAGCUUUUUGGUGCUUUUUUAUCUAAUAGCUGAUUCAAUCAGCUAGUGGAUAAAAGCACCAACAAAGCCCCGCUAAAGCACCCAAAAUAUACAGACAUUGUGCCUCUUCUGGGCAUGUACUGGGCUGGGCGCGGGAACAUGCCAAGUGUAAAAUGAAGCACCACUUUUUUGUUUGCUUUUUUUAAUGUCUUCAAGCAGCCUUUUACAAGAUAGAGACACUAAGAAACUGGAUAAAAUUCAGAAAAGAUUACCAAAAUUCACCCAAGAACUGAAGGGACUGAAAUAAAGGAAAUGCUGAGAUGAAUAUGUACCUGAAGAAUCCUUAGAAAACUGAAGUAGACCUAAGUCUAUAAGUAGUAGUUGAACUGUUUAAUAACUGAGUAGUGAAGGAAUUUUGUUUAGAAUGGAUCAGUGGGGUAUAAGAUGGACCAAUGGCAUGAAAUUAAGAACAGAUGUAAUGUGAAAAUCAGAGUAAAGCUUGUUGGAAGGCCUUUGUCUUAGUAGACGUCAUUAAGAAAGGAAUAACAGAGAAGAAUUCUACCUGAGGUAAUUGAUUGGACUGGGUAAUUACAUGACCAUACAAGUCUCCUCCAUUUCUGCCUUCUCAUCCCACAUGGAACACCAGGAAAUCUCGAGGUUAUGCAAGCAAAUGGCAUAGAUGAACGUACAAACCUUAUCGUGGAAGAAUACUCAACAUCUGGUCGCCUAGACAACAUCACACAGGUCAUGAGUUUACACACUCAGUACUUGGAGUCUUUCCUCCGCAGCCAGUUUUAUAUGUUGCGUAUGGAUGGACCCCUUCCUUUGCCCUAUAGGCACUACAUUGCUAUAAUGGCUGCUGCCAGACAUCAGUGUUCCUACCUAAUAAAUAUGCAUGUUGAUGAGUUUCUGAAGACUGGUGGGAUUGCAGAAUGGUUAAAUGGAGUGGAAUAUAUACCACAAAGACUGAAAAAUCUGAAUGAAAUAAACAAACUUCUUGCACACCGGCCCUGGCUGAUCACAAAAGAGCACAUUCAGAAACUUGUCAAGACUGGGGAAAAUAAUUGGUCUCUUCCUGAACUGGUGCAUGCUGUGGUCCUGUUGGCACAUUAUCAUGCCUUGGCGAGUUUUGUCUUUGGUAGUGGCAUUAAUCCCGAGAGAGAUCCAGAUGCCUCUAAUGGGGUCAGACUUAUAGCAGUCAACAACUUCUGUGUCUGUGAUCUUGCCAAUGACAACAGUAUAGAGAAUGCAUCCCUCAGAAGUAGCAGCUUUGGGAUGGUAGAUUCUUUAAGUGAGCUGGAGGCCUUAAUGGAAAGAAUGAAGCGCCUGCAAGAAGAGAGAGAGGAUGAGGAGGCAACUCAGGAAGAGAUGGCAACUCGUUUUGAACAGGAAAAGAAAGAGAGUCUUCUUGUAGUUACUGGAGCAUUUGAUGAUGAGAUGGUAUCCAUGGAUGUGUCCCGCUACAUUGAAGAUCCUGGUUUUGGGUACAAAGACUUUGCCAGACGGGGAGAAGAACAUCUGCCAACAUUCCGGGCUCAGGACUAUACCUGGGAAAAUCAUGGCUUCUCUCUUGUGAACAGACUUUAUUCUGAUAUUGGGCAUCUCCUGGAUGAGAAGUUUCGAAUGGUCUACAACCUCACUUACAACACUAUGGCUACACAUGAAGAUGUUGACACAACAAUGUUAAGAAGAGCUUUAUUUAACUAUGUCCACUGUAUGUAUGGAAUCAGGUAUGAUGACUAUGAUUAUGGCGAAGUUAAUCAGUUACUUGAACGCAGCCUGAAGGUUUACAUUAAGACAGUGACCUGCUACCCAGAGAGAACUACCAAGCGCAUGUAUGAUAGUUACUGGCGUCAAUUCAAGCACUCAGAGAAGGUCCACGUAAAUCUGCUAUUAAUGGAAGCGCGCAUGCAAGCAGAACUUCUAUAUGCCCUUCGUGCCAUAACUCGUCAUCUGACCUGAAGCAUUCGUAGGGAGAGGGCCGAGAAAUACUUAACAAUAUGUAAAGACCUUUUGAAAUAGAUACACACCAGACGCUGUUUGUGAUGUAGCAUCAGGUUAUUCAAUUCUCUAGUGUCAAAGUUUAGCCGUGUUUUUGACGGCUGUAAUGUGCAAUGACGUGUUUUUAUUUUCUUGAUGCUUAACAUUACUAAUGAUAGCAAAAAUAACACUGAGGAGCACUAGUCCUACAUUUUUUUUUCUGGUUGGAUUUCUGGACACUGGUCAAAAUCCUGAAAACAGGUUGUUUUACUUCAGCGCUUUGUUUUGCUCACAGAAACAAAGCACUUGCAUCUUGAUUUUUUUGUUUCAAGCAAUCAGUUUUCAGAUUAAUGGAAUCCAGCAAUGGAUCUUUUUUGAAUGUUCUGAAAAAUCUUAAUACUGUGUCAUAAAUCUAGUAGAGAGAAGCAUGCGCUGUGUUAAAUGAAUUGCCCACUGGAUUCUUGGUUGUCUCCUGGAGACUGUUUAUCAGGCACUGUUCUUACUACAACAGUUGAAGGUGAUGUGAAAUGUGAUUCAAACGUUGUCCAUACUCUUAAUGUGAAAUUAAUCAUGAUAAAUUCCACAGCAUGCUACUGAAAUGCAAAGUUCAGCUAUCUUCUUUCCUCUUUCCAAAAAAGAGGUUUCACAAUUAAUUUUAGCUGUACAUAUUAUGUUCCAAUCAUGCAUAGCAAUCUUCUUACUGAGUCACCCUCUGUCAAAUUCUUUACAUUAUCUGUUCUCAUCAUAACAUUGCUUGCAAUUCCCUUAGUUGGCACCUGUACACUUAAUACACAGACUGACCAAAAAUUUGUAUUUGCGCUCUCCUUUGUCCAGUCCUUUUUUUAACGUAAGGAAAGCAAAGGAAGGCUAACAUAGUUGUUUUCUUUUCCUAUUGGAUGUAUAGAAAUUUAUUACCCAUAAUUUCUUUCAUAGUGUGAAUGUGUUAAUAUUCAAGUUAAAAAAAUUGUGUUUCUAUGCAUUAAUGUGAGUGAACAAAAGAAAAGUGCAAUAUUUAAAAAGAAAGCAAGCUUUUCCCUGUUACAUCACUACUAAAGUGUCCUUUCUUUGAACAGCCAUAAAGAAAUGUUUAAAACCAAAUUCCUUUAUGGUCUGAGGCUUAGCAUUUUUGCUCCAGCUUGUACAGCUUGAAGCAAUCUGAUAUUUAGAUGCCAAAGCACCCCACAAAUAAAGCCAAUUUGGACAACUGGUAAUUUUGGGGAAGGGAAGAAGUAAGCUGCCAAAAAUGUCACAUUUCUGCAUUAUUUUGUUGCUUGACUAGAUUAAUUUUAAGAGCACAAAAUUUCAGUGUUUAUAGCUUUACUUUGUAUUAUGUUUAAUGACCAGUGAAGUGCCUAAAGAGAUGCAUAAAUUUACCCAGUAGGAAACAAUUGUCACUGCUAAAUCUUUUUUUUUUUUUUUUUUUUUUUUGG